AUGUGGGCGUUCAAGGCCUUAACCACCUUGUUCGGCCUGGGACUAUGGUUCAAAUCUCCGUUACCAACGUCCAAUGUUGAGGUCGUCGUUGUUACUUAUCUAGCGUUCGAAGCACCUUUGGUCUUGCCUACUGUCACUGUCACCGAAACGAUCGGAGUUCCCGCUACUGCCAUCACUCACGCCAUACCUACUACCUUCUCUACCCCCAUGUCUGUGUCUAGCCGUCCCAGGCUCAACCCCUACAAGUACACCUCGCCUGACCACACCGAGUUUCGCUACAGGGCCAAUGUCGGUCUGUGUCUCCAAGAUCGCGUGUCCACUGCGCACGCGAUGACGGUGCCUCAGUACUCCAAGUUCGAUUUCGCUGUAUUCGUCGCCACGAUCUUCACCGUCGUCAUCACAGCCUGGUGGGUCACUAUCCUUUCCAUGGGCACGGAUCGCGCCAUGCGAAACCUCGAGCAGGUCCCUGCAUACAUCGAUGCUUCCUUUCGACACACUGGAUGUUGCAUUGGAUACGUAUGUGUGCUUCUAGCUUGGGCAGGCUUGCUCAGCGACUACUGGAUCGGAUGGUCAGACGGAUACGUGAUAUGGCCAAAGAUAUUCAGUUCCCUCCUGUCGUACCCACUUGUCCUCAUCGUUCACUUCCGACUGCCGCCCAUCAAGUGCAUUCCUCUCCUAUGUAAGAGGUUUGCAAAGACAGUCGCAAACGGUAUAGUGCAGUGGAUUGCCAGACAAGCAAACGAUUGGUACGAAGGCCGAACAAGCAAACGUCGCAUUGACAAGAUAUUCGAGCGGCCAACAACCGCCAUCGCCAUCGGAGAAUGUCUUUUCCCGGCUACUUGCGUCGCCUUCCCGAACGACCCGACUUUUCCCCAGAUAGUCAUGGUCUUUACGACAGAUCUCCUUUUCUUCGGCUGGAACUUCAUCCUUGUCGUGGUCAAGCUCCGGAUUCGAUCUUGGAAGCAGAUUCCAACCCACACGAUGGACAUUAUUAGAAUCACGGUGCAAAUAACUUUCGGCCUCGGCCAAGAGGACCUCUCUUGGAAGAUUUGGAUAGGAUCCUACGAGGCCUUCCUGAAGGGCGUUUGCACCGUCUUCUCUGUGACCUGGGGGCUCAUCAAGACGUUUCUCGGUGCGAUCUGGAUUGCACUGAAAAUGGGCAAAGCCAUUUAUGCUCGUACUUGCGUCCGUAUCAUGGCCAUUCGACUACAUGACGGUUUGACGAAACGCGAAGUCAAGACUUACGAGGACAAAGUCCACAACGCUUACUGCGAAACAUCCACCUACAACUGGAGCGAGACCACGCAGCUAUUUCUUCGGUAUCAAGCAGCCCUGGAAGAUAACGCUGCGUUGUGGGCAAGAAUAGAGGACGUGAUCCGAUUCUACAACCCCGUCAACAGCUGCGAGAUUGGAGAGAAAUGUGUUGGCUAUCGUGGAACGAUCAUCGAACUCAUUCACGAUGUCAAUUUCCUCCGCCUUCUGUGCUGCGCCAUGCUGAACGCUCACCACAACUUGUUGUACGGCCGGAUGCCCAAUGACAUCAACGCCGAACACCGUUACCAGCCAAGUCAACUUGAGUUCCGCACUGUGGCUGAUCCGCGAACCGGCCUGUACUUUGGCUACAAGGAACACACGAUUUCAAGCGUCAACAAACACGACCUUGGCCGCGACUACGAGAUGCAAGUCAAGCGAUACGCCAUGGACAUCGAGAAGGAGCCUCUCCGCAUGUCUGGUAUCUUGGCUUGCAAGAAUCGCCGCCCUGGUAAUGUUCCUGAUAACUUCGAUCCGUUCGUCAACGACCACUGGGUUUUCUCUGGUGCCAUUCCCGGUCUUAACAUUCCUCCCUACAAGUCUGAGCAUAACCCCUUCAAUAUCCUCGACAAGCGCGCUCAUGUCAUUGUCAACCCUGAGAGCUUUUUCGGACCUCAGAUCGAGGACUUUGCUGUCCAGGGCCGACUUGCGCGGUGGGGUGACUCCAGGGCUAUGAAGACCAAGGUUGCUCCUUUCGACCGUGACGAGAUCAACAAGUUUGUCUCUGGAAUGCAGUUCGGUGCUGUGCCGCUUCGUCAACACAAGUUGUCUUCUCUGCCAAAGUUAGGUGCCUAUUCGAGUGAUCCUUGCCCGACUGGUGAGCCCCGCAAGAUCGACUUCCCACUCUACAAGAACUUCGCUUAG